CGCAUCGUUGGGCGGGUUUUUACAAAGAUCGCUACAAGCGUGUGCUGAAGAAUGGAAGAAAGCGGCGCCUUUUAGGUUGGUAGCGUAUUUAGCAAUUCGUAUAAUCUUUUAUUCGAUUCCGCACAAUGACAACCCAAAGGAUUCUACCACAAAGCAAAGAGACGCUGCUGCAGUCCUACAACAAGAGGCUGAAGGAUGACAUCCGAUCCAUCCUGGACAAUUUUACUGAGAUCAUUAAGACGGCGAAGGUUGAAGAUGAGACCCAAGUGUCCCGUGCCACUCAGGCAGAACAGGACCAUUAUGAGAUGCACGUGAGAGCGGCUAACAUCGUGCGAGCUGGAGAGUCCUUGAUGAAGCUGGUGUCGGACCUCAAGCAGUUCCUGAUCCUCAACGACUUCCCCUCCGUGAAUGAGGCCAUCAACCAGAGAAACCAGCAGCUGCGCUCCCUGCAGGACGAGUGCGAUAAGAAACUGACCACCCUGCGCGAUGAGAUUGCGACCGACCUCUAUGAGUUAGAGGAAGAGUAUUACUCGUCCAGCUACAGUCCGUGGGAUAGCAGCGACCUGCCCCUCUGCGAGGCGUUUCAUCGGCAGGACGGGUCUGACUCCCCAGAAGACUUGCGUGGUUUGGUGGGCACCUCGCUGUCCGGACGAGCCGGGGAUGGCAGUGGUGGGAUCUCCCGGGGAUCGACUCCAGGGCAGCUGAAUGGGCACGGAACGGCCACAGCCGAACACCCGUGAGGAGCGGCACAGCCAGGAAGGGGACGGGUGGCACCCGAGGACCGCCCAAGGACCACCAACUCGCUCGAGUGCUUUUGUGUUUCAAGAAUCUCAUUUUAUCAAACAAGAAACCCGAUUGGUCAGCAGACUGGAAGAAAAGAGGCAGACCAGUGCUGAAGAACAAAGUAGGCACCCCGGGCACUGAAGCGGGUCGUGCAGGUCGCUUGACGUCUCCUCCCAGGGACUU